AUGACUAGAAAUACUUUAAAAGCCGAUUUAAUUGAGAUGUUUAAGACAGAAAAGGAAAAACUUAAAAGUAUGCUUUUGGAAUCACCGGGAAUGUUAUGUUUAACUUCAGAUUUGUGGUCUUCAAUUAAUACGGAUGGUUUUUUGGCAAUUACAGUGUAUUUUAUUGAUAAAGAAUGGGUUUUGCAAAAAAGAGUUUUAGCCUUUUCUCAUAUGCUACCACCUCAUUCUGGUGUUGCUCUAAAUGCAAAAGUGUUUUCAAUUCUAGAAGAAUGGGGAUUAGAAAAAAAGAUAUUUUGUAUCACUUUGGAUAAUGCGUUAUCUAAUGACCGUUUCGUUCAGCUAUUACGUGAUCAAUUAGAUACAAAAUCCCCACUUGUUUCUAAGGGUAGGUUUUUUCAUAUGAGAUGUUGUGCACAUAUUGUAAACUUGAUUGUGCAAGACGGGCUGAAGGAAAUUGAUCAGGCUGUUGUUAAGGUUAGAGAGAGUAUCAAGUAUGUUAAAGGAUCAAAAUCACAAGUAAGAAAGCAAAAGUUUUUAGAUUGCAUUAAGUUACUUUCUUUGAGUUCUACAAGGGGGUUAAGGCAAGAUUGUCCUACUAGGUGGAAUUCUACAUUCCUAAUGCUUGAUAGUGCCAUUUAUUACCGAAAGGCAUUUGCCCAUUUGGAAAUAAGUGAUUCUAAUUAUACAAGUUGUCCAAGUGCUACUGAGUGGGAUACCAUUGAAAAGAUUUGUGUUUUCCUUGCAGUUUUUUAUGAUGUGAAUAGUAUUUUCUCGGGUACCAAAUAUCCUACUGCAAACUUGUAUUAUCCUCACAUUUUUAUGGUUUAUUUUACUUUGCAUGAUAGUAUGAGUUCAAAGGAUGAGUAUAUGAGACGUAUGGGAGCGUCUAUGAUGGAUAAAUUUAAGAAGUAUUGGUCUGAUUUUAGUCUCACUUUAGCCAUAGCCGUGGUAUUUGAUCCAAGAUAUAAGUUGCAUUUUAUUGAAUGGAGUUAUAAUAAGAUUUAUGGAGCGGACAACUGUCAAUAUAGUGAUGUGGAAUUGUUAUUGAGUACCACUUUUGAUGAAUAUGUGUUAUAUUUCGGUAAUGCUUCCUCGACAACAUCAAAUCAUGCAAGUACUUCAAGUAGCAAGGCUGGUGAAGAAACAAGCAAUGAUACAAGACGUCUCUUUGGAGUUAGAGCAAAACUUUUGGUGUCGUGUGACCUGUUAUGCCAGCCUUAG